UUCGCGGCUCCUGCGGUUUCACAUGUGAAGAGUGCCAAGACAUGUGAAGUUGCACAUCAGGUGCUAGUGGACCCUUGUUCUCACAUGGUCACACCGCUCUUGUUGCCAGCAGUCAGGCAACAACUGCACCAAAUGAAGGCGGGUCUUUGUUUGCAGGGGAAGAAAAGCAGAUUGACCUGCCAUUGUGAUUAUGUUGUCUGAAAGCUGUCAGAAUGAAAUACACACAAUAUGUUUUCCUGGCCUCAAUCUUUUCUACUGUUGAAUACAGCCUGGCUCAGACCUGCGCAGUGGAGUCUUUUGCUGUGAAAGACAAUUUUGAUCCGAAAAGGUAUGCAGGGAAAUGGUAUGCCCUGGCCAAGAAGGAUCCAGAAGGCCUUUUCCUUCAGGACAACAUCUCUGCUGAAUACACCGUGGAGGAAGAUGGCACAAUGACAGCAUCAUCCAAAGGCCGAGUCAAACUUUUUGGGUUCUGGGUGAUCUGUGCUGACAUGGCUGCUCAGUAUACCGUACCUGACCCAGCCACUCCAGCAAAGAUGUACAUGACCUACCAGGGACUGGCCAGCUACCUCUCCAGCGGUGGGGACAACUACUGGGUGAUUGACACCGACUAUGACAACUAUGCCAUUACCUAUGCCUGCCGCAGUCUGAAGGAGGAUGGCUCCUGCGAUGAUGGUUACUCCCUGAUCUUCUCACGCAACCCCCGUGGUCUGCCCCCAGCCAUCCAGCGCAUCGUGCGCCAGAAGCAGGAAGAAAUCUGCAUGUCUGGCCAGUUCCAGCCCGUGCUUCAGUCAGGUACUCUGAGCUCACAAGCACACACAACAGAACUGUAGCAAACUACAUUAUCAUCUUUCAGCAAGCUUUUUUCAUGUUAUAUCCAAUGAGAAAAUGGAUGCAAAGGGAAGUUCAUGCAAUGGAGAAAGCAUGUUACAGGGCAGUACUGCACCCUUAGAUUUACCCUCAUAGGAAUCCUGUGUGCUGAAACACACAUUACCAGAGAAAGACCAUCUUUGUUACUC